GCCCGCGCCGUGGCGUCACACCCGGAAGUGGCGACCGAGCGCAGCCGGAGCCAUGAGCGGGGAGCCGGGGGAGCCCGGGAAGCUGUCCGUGGCGCCCCCUCCCGGGGAGGUGGAACCGGGCAGUGGGGUCCGCAUCGUGGUGGAGUACUGCGAGCCCUGCGGCUUCGAGGCCACCUACCUGGAGCUGGCAAGCGCCGUGAAGGAGCAGUACCCAGGCAUCGAGAUCGAGUCGCGCCUCGGGGGCACAGGGGCCUUUGAGAUUGAGAUCAAUGGACAGCUGGUGUUCUCCAAGCUGGAGAACGGGGGCUUCCCUUAUGAGAAAGAUCUCAUCGAGGCCAUCCGCAGAGCCAGUAACGGAGAACCCCUAGAAAAGAUCACCAACAGCCGCCCUCCCUGCAUCAUCCUGUGACUGCUCCAAGUUCCAGGGUCCACGCCUUGGUUUCCCCUGGUCCUGCUAGGAGCUCCCCACCUCUCCCUUCACUUAGCUCCAGGCAGCUAAGGGACCCUGGCCUCCACUUUGCCCUGUGGGCACAAGAGGGAAGAGGAGCUUUGGUGAUCGUAGGGGUAGGAACAGCGUUCUUCUGUGGACUUUCCACAACCACCUCGUACCCGCUUCCUGGGCACGGCGUCCAUGGAAGUCCAAGCCCUGUCAGAGGCCACAGUGGAUCUAAUUCACUUCCCCUGAGCCUUGGGCCAUGUCAGCUGUUGGCAAUAAAGAGGCACCCAGACACUCGGCA